UUGUGUAAGAGUGGGAGGGGUCUGCAGCUAUAGUGGGAGAGCGAGUUUAGGAGAAAGGGGUUAGCUAUUCCUUUAGGAUACAUGGCAAAUAAAGCAUAUAGAGGGAAAUACUAAAUCAGACUACUAAAAGCCUUGGAGCUGCGUUGGACUUGAUGCAACCUUUGAGAUACACUUCUUCAUAAUAAGCCAAGAGAUGUUUUCCACAGUGUGUGAGAGAUGAUAGUGUUGGAGUCGUGGGAAAGGAGAGGCAGAUCUUAGUAUGGCAACAUAUAGUAUAUGAGAGAGGAGUUGACCUGCUUGUGAUUGAGGAAGUCAUGGAUAAUGAUGCUGUUGUAUCAAGGGUCACUGAUGUGGAAAUGAGCUCCUGUUCCACUGGUAGACUCACAAGGUCUGUGCAACAGAGAAAGGUGUAUGCUGAGAAUGGAGUCUGCUAGCAGGAUGACUGCAGGGCAGGACUGCCUUUACCAAAUUGUCAACAAACGUGGCCUUCUGAAAGGGGACAGUGCACCUACAGACCCUAACAACAGGCCAGGGCAGUGCUAGGACAGGGAAGGGCAACCAAUCUGCCCCUCAUCUCCCUAAACAACCUAAACAACCUGCUGGAGGUCCCAAGCAUAACUAUGCAGGCUGAGAGGAACACAUUGGCUGGGGGCAGAACACUCUCCAAACCUCCCCAUGCCACCAUCAAAGACAAGAUCUCAAAGUGGGAAGGAAAGGAGUCUUCCCCAUCCCCAACAUUAACAUUAACAACAGCUACAACUACACCCACUCAGAGUAUUGUGGAAAGAACUGACUCCUUAAUUAAGAGUGAUUCCAAACCCACCAUUGAGGACUGCGAAAGACCAACCAACAGGGAGAAGCAGAAGAACAAUGGGAAGGAGAACAUAGAGCAUAUCUCCCCAACAGUCACUACAGUUCCUAUUGGGAAAAUAACAGAAUCCCUAAAAAAGAUUGAUUCCAGAUCCACCAUGGAGCACUGGAGUAGACCAGUCAGCAAGGAGACACAGCAGAACCAUGGGAAAGAUAAUGUAGAAAUGGCUGGGAAUUCGAGGACUACCUCGCCUGUGGGGCAUGUAAAGGACACUACUGUGAAAAUAACUGAAUCCCUUCUGAAGAAGGAUGUCAGACCCUCCGAGGAGCAGCAUAAAGGACACUGCAGCAGGCUGGCCAGCAGGGAAAAGCAGCAGAACCUUGGGAAAGCGAUCAUAGGAAGGGCAGGGGUUUCUCGGCCUACUGUGGAGCCUGUGAAGGAGCAGGUGAUGGGGAUGCUGAAGAAAGACAACGGUAGGAGACUGGUGGAGCAGAGAGCCGUCUUCACUCUCUUCAAGAAGCUGGAGCAGACCAUGAGGGAGGAGAACCCCAGCAAGAGUCCUCUAGAGCUACCUGGCAACUACUUCUGCCCACCUAGCAGAGAUACACAUGUAGAGGCCAAGAGAAGAGAGAUAGAAUCCAUUUUAGGAACAUUGGAUGCUGACGAGAUGUUUGGGGAGUCAUGGCAAGGUGGGCAAGAGGGACGAGACCUGCAGAAUGUGUACACAGAGCCAGGGUCACCACCCAUAAACCCGGUCCCCAAACCCCAGCGCACCUUCCAGCAACGUACCUUUCAGCACCUCUCCAAAUUUGAAGCGAGGACGCGCUCAUUACCGAGACAUGGGAAAGGGCAGAGGAAUCUGCCCCCACUGCCUUCCAUCUCCCCUCCACCUCUGUCCAACCAGCCUUCCCCCAACAUCUACAGGAGACCCAGGACAGACAGACAAAGAGAUAGAGACAACCCCAAGAGGAAAUCAUUUGAGUUUGAGGACAUUCCAUCAUGUCAUCCACCUUAUCAUCAUUAUGAAAUUAUUACAGACUCUUCCAAGGAGAAUCCAUAUGAGGACAUUGAGGUAUCCAGUCAGUGCUCAUCACAACCUUCUCUACCUUCCUCUCCUGGGUCAGAAUGCUCCAAGAUCUCCAGGCCUGGUUUCUUCAGACAGAACUCUGGUGGGAGUUGCAGCUUCAAGCUUCCAGAUCUGCGUAAGACCAACCAUCACCGUAGUGAUAGUGGAGGAGUAGCAUCUCCCCCCCGGCUCAGCCCCCAGUCCACCCCUCACAGCGCAGAUGAACUGCCCCACUGGCUGUCUGGAGGAGAUUCCUAUAACCACGUCUGCAGGAGGAUACCAAUGGAUGUGCUUAAAAUCAACAGUAUCUUUGAGGCUCGUGUUGGAAAGAAACAUCUGAGGAGGGUCUAUCACAUUGCUGAGACCAGCUCAGGGAGAGUCACAGAUGAAAACACUGACUCAGAGAGUGAGACAGAGGACAGGGCUAAAGCCCAUCGGCAGCGCAUGUCCUCAGUCCAGUCUAUCCUGAGCCAGCCGGGUGAGGGUCAGUACUGUAACAAACACAGCUCUCUGGACCUCACUAGGAAUCUGAAGGAGCUACAUCAACGCCAGCUCUUUGAGUACUUUCUGGUUGUGGCGCUGCACAGAACCAAGGCUGGCGUCCACUACGUGCCGGAGGUCACUCAGCACUUUCCCCUCAAGCUGGAGCGGAGCUUCAAGUUCAUGAAGGAGACAGAGGAUCAGCUAAGGAUCAUCCCCCAGUUCUGUUUCCCUGAUGCUAAGGACUUGAAGCCAGUAGAGAACUACCCCAGUGAAAUGUUCUCUUUUGUUUUGACUGGCGAAGAUGGAAGCAGGAGGUUUGGAUACUGUCGUCGUCUACUGCCCAGUGGGAAAGGAAAGCGUCUCCCUGAAGUCUACUGCAUCGUCAGCCACCUGGGAUGCUUCCACCUCUUCUCCAAGGUCCUGGAUGAGGUGGAGAGGAGGAGAGCCCUGUCUCCAGCCCUGGUCCAGCCCUUCAUGAGGGCCAUUAUGGAAGCUCCGUUCCCUGCUCCUGGCAGACCCAUCACCAUUAAAACCUUCCUGCCCGGAUCUGGUACUGAGGUAAUGGAGCUAUGUCGUCCGUCUGACUCUCGUCUGGAGCAUGUGGACUUUGAGUGUCUCUUCUCCUGUCUGAGUCUGCGUCUGCUACUCGGGGUCUUUGGUUCUCUCCUGCUGGAACGUAGGGUCAUCUUCACUGCAGACAAACUCAGUACUCUGUCUCAGUGCUGCCAUGCGGUGGUGGCUCUACUCUACCCGUUCACCUGGCAGCACACCUACAUCCCCGUACUGCCCCCUGCCAUGCUGGACAUAGUGUGUACCCCCACCCCCUUCAUCGUAGGGCUACUGUCCAGCUCCCUCCCUCAGCUCACAGAGCUACCCCUAGAGGAGGUUCUGGUGGUUGACCUUGGAAACAGUCGCUUCCUCAGACAGCUGGAUGAUGAGGACACUAUCCUGCCUUCUAAACUCCAGUCAGCCCUAGAGACAGUCCUGGAGAGGAGAAGAGAACUGGCGUCAGAGCGAGGAGGAGACGGUCCUAAUGACUCUGGCCACCUCAGCACCGUUGUGUCCGAGGCCUUUGUGCGUUUCUUUGUAGAACUCGUCAGCCACUAUCCACUCUUCAUCACCCAAAGGGAGGUUGAGGCCUCCUCCCCCAUCCCUUCUUCUUUCCAACGCGAGUCCUUUCGUAAGUCUGUCUCGUCUAAGAGUAUGAGACAGUUCCUGGAGGUCUUCAUGGAGACACAGAUGUUUGGACUGUUCAUCCAGGAGAGAGAGCACCACAGACAGGCACUGAGAGGUACGGGUCAAAGUUCAGAUUCAAAGCUUUAUUGUCUAACUUUAGAUAACACAAAGUUUGUUUGUUUUUCUACAGGACUGUUUGAGGUGAGGGUGCACGAGUAUUUGGAUUCAAUUCAUGGUAAUGAGCAUCGCAGGGUUAACAAAUUCCUUAAAGGACUGGGAAAUAAAAUGAAAUUCCUGUCCAAAAAGUGAUCCCCUCUCGACCGAUAAUCUGUUAAACCAGUAGCCUACAUGCAGAUGAAGAUGGGACUGGACACAUUAAUGACUGAAGAACCAAGAGACCAACAGACAAUGAGUUUAUUAUGACUGAGGCCAUGUCUAGACUUGACAGUUAAUGCAGUUUUUGUAUUCUGAUCAUGGAGUUCUGAUCAUGGAAUUUCGAAUAAAUAAUUACAUUUUAUAUAAUUGUAUUUAACCAGGGAAAAACGCAUUGAGACCUAGGUCUCAUUUGCACAUGUAACAUGUAACAAUACAGAACACCAAAUGUAAUAAAUAUAAAAUAUUAUAUAAACAAUCAAACUAAAACAAACACAUUUAUAUAUAAAAAAAAAUCCCCAGCCUUUCUCCUAAAUGGACCCAGAGACAACAGCACAUUCAAAUGAUUAUUCCACAUGAUAGGGGCCUGGUAGGAAAAGGCAGAUUUACCCAACUCUAUGGAUACACGUGGAGUCUCCAUCAGUAACCAACCCUGUGAUCUAAUGUUGUAAUCCGUAUUUCCAUAUUUCAACAAUGCUGUUAAGUAAAUUGGUAGUUUUAUUGAAUAAGGCUUCAUAAAUAAAAACAGAAUAAUGAAGUGACCUCUGUGUUUGUAGCUAGGUCCAACCAACAUAAUGAUAAAGGAUAUAAUGGUGAGUGUCAAAACUGUCAGAUGUUAUAAAACAAAGUGUGCUACGAUAAAUUGUGUCCAAGGGCUUCAAAACACUGGAAGCAGUAUUCAUGUAUUUAAUAUCACCAUAAUCUAUAACAGGAAUAAAUGUAGCCUGAAUGAUCUGUUUUCUACUAUUUAAAUGAAAGGCUAGCCCUAUUCCUAUUAAGCCCAACUUAAUUAUUAAUUUAUUGACUAACUCGUCAACAUGCUUUUUAAAAGAUAGCAUGCAUCUACACCUACAUUUAAAUGUGUCUACUGUGUCCACACUUUGUUCUGGCUUGCAUUUAUGAGGCCAGCAAACACGUUCCUCAAACGCUAGAAACAUAUUUCCUCCAACAUUAUAAUGAAAAGGUAGCCAUCUCUGAACACAAUCAGACCACCUGUCUUUUCAAUCCGAUCCUCAUAUUCUGAUAGCAGAAGUCACAUGUAAGUGUCAAGUGUAGACAUGCCCUCAGGGACACAUGAAGCCUGCAGUGUGUACAUGAUAGACUCAACAGAGAGAAUCCUGUAUACUGGGAGACUGUAUAGCACAGCCUGUAGAGAGACUGGUAUUGUACUGUAUAGUGUACUUAUCCAGUCUAAAUGAUCCAAACUGCAUUUGAGGCCACAUGAGGGCAGUAGUUCAUUUUAUUUUAACAUGUAUAAUGUAAUUGCUAUGAGUGUGUCUGAUUUGAUGAAUACAGAUACGUUUCCCUGACCAUUGUUCUUGUGAAUGAGACUCUGGCCAGAAUGCAAUCAGAUUGAGCGUAAGGCCAGCAUUGACCGAUAUCCGCAUAGCAAAUGUAUUGGUGGUGUUGGAGGUGUAACUGCAGAAUGAGCUGACAUAUCGUGAGCGGCUGCUCUUGUGUGUCACAAACCACUCCGUUAUUUAUUAUACCUAGUGCGUUAGAAGUUCAAAACUGCGCUAGAAAGUGAAGGCUAUAUCAAUCUUCGAAAUAAUGACUCUCAAAUGUCAAACCAUUGAUGUUAGGCUAAUGCAUGUUGUCAUGUUAAUUUGGAUGGGGGGGAUUUAUGCCUAUCAAUAUACAUUUUGUUUUUUAACUUGUAAAGUGGCUGUAUGAGAUUUGUCGGAUUAUAGUCAGGUGUGGUUUCAUUGCAUCCAAUGGCAGUCUGCAAUAAAUUAACGCAAUAAACUGCUUGUGGAUUUGACAGCUCUAACGCAAUUCCACCUCAGAUACCGUCAAAACAACUCUAUGCGGAUGUCAAACUGAUUGAAACCUGCCCUCUGACUGGAUAAUUAUUUGCGGACAAAACCAACAGCUUUUGUUUCCCUUGAAUUCCUUGGUUUAUUUCAGUGUUGUGUACAAUAAAUGUUAGUACAUUGAGGGUCUAAAAAACGGACAACUUAAAAUGUACUGUA